GUGACCGUUUUGUUUGCUCAGGUCUGCUGUAGUGACUCUGAGCCCUUCUUUUCAGGAGUGGACGUCCCUGGACACACUUGGCACUUCAAGUCAGAGAUGUCUAGGUAUCACAAAGCAGCCACUGAUGGCUACCUGGAGCUGCUAAAGGAGGCCACCAGGAGGGACCUCAACAUUGCUGAUGAAGAUGGGAUGACUCCCACCAUACUGGCUGCUUUUCAUGGACACGUGGAUGCGCUCCAGCUCAUAUGCAGCAGAGGAGGAGACCCUGACAAGUGUGAUAUCUGGGGAAACACGCCAUUGCACCAUGCUGCAGCUAAUGGCCACAUGCACAUCUUGAGCUUCCUGGUCAAUUUUGGUGCCAACAUUUUUGCCCUGGACAAUGAUUUUCACACUGCAAUGGACGUCGCUGCCUCUCGUGAUCGUAUGGACUGUGUACGCUUCCUAGACUCUGCUGUGUCAGAGCAAACAAACAAAAAUCCAAAGAAAGUUGCCAUUCUAAAGAAGGAGGCCGAAAAGGAGGCAGAGAAACAUAUUAAACUCUGUGAGAAGGUAAAUAAGAAACACCAGAGCAAGAUGGAAAAGAGGCAGUAUGGAGCAGGCCACACUGGGUCCAUGUCUGAGGCCAGCAUGGCUUCAUCAUUUUCAAACGGCGGUACCAUCUCAAAUGUUAAUGAAAAUGUCACAGAACUUCUUAAGGUAAAAUCUGGCUCUGUGAGAUCGGGGGUCUUCGGUACACUCCAGAAAAAGUUUGGGAAGAAAGAUAAAGGCACACUGCAGAGGUCAGGAGGGGAUGGAAAUGUUAUUUUCCUCAAGCAAGAGAACAAAGCCAAUGAGAAGCCAGAGUUUGUUGAAGUUUUUAAUGAGCAGGAUGAGAACACUUAUGAAGAACAAACAGAAGAGUUCGACAAUGAUGGAGAAGAAUUGGGUGGAGUCAAACAAUCCAUCUUCAACCGGCCUGGUCUUGGAGGUCUGAUUUUCAUGAAGAAGAUGGGAAUGGACUCAGAUGAUGUCACCACAGGAAACAAUGAAAAUCUUGGCUUUCUUAUUCAGAACCAGUCUUUAGAAGCGGAGGAAGAUGCUAAUGAUUACGAUGACACAAAUGAUGCUGGUGUGCCAUGGAAUCAGGAAGAUCUUGGUUUAGAUGAUGAUGAAGAGGAAGAAUCCUCACCUUUAGAUGUUUUCUUGUCUGCCAUUUCCCUGUCUGAGUUUGGCCUUGCAUUUAAUAAAGAGCACCUUGACCUGGAGGCUUUGAUGCUUUGCUCUGAUGACGAUCUGAAAAGCAUUCGCAUUCAGCUUGGCCCCAGGAAGAAGAUUCUGGAAGCUGUUCUUCAUAGAAAGAACACUCUUAAAUGUCCUGGGACAAUAAAGGACAGCUGCCUCUGAUCCAGUGAAACAUAAAUAUUCAUUGUCAGUUAA